AUGACGACAAUGGACCUCCGCGUGGGGAACAAGUACCGCAUCGGUCGCAAGAUCGGAAGCGGCUCAUUCGGCGACAUCUAUCUGGGCACUAACAUCAUCUCCGGCGAGGAGAUCGCCAUCAAGCUCGAGUCGGUCAAGGCCAAGCACCCACAGCUGGAGUACGAGGCACGCGUCUACAAGUCCCUUGCUGGCGGUGUCGGCAUCCCAUUCGUGAGAUGGUUCGGAACGGAGUGCGACUACAACGCCAUGGUGCUCGAUCUCCUCGGCCCAUCGCUCGAGGACCUCUUCAACUUCUGCAACCGCAAGUUCUCCCUCAAGACCGUCCUCUUGCUCGCCGACCAGCUCAUCUCCCGCAUUGAGUACAUCCACGCCAAGUCCUUCAUCCACCGCGACAUCAAGCCGGACAACUUCCUCAUGGGUAUUGGCAAGCGUGGUAACCAGGUCAAUGUGAUCGAUUUCGGUCUGGCCAAGAAGUACCGCGACCCGAAGACCCACUUCCACAUCCCGUACAGAGAGAACAAGAACCUCACUGGUACCGCCCGUUACGCCUCGAUCAACACUCACUUGGGUGUCGAGCAAUCUCGUCGUGACGACAUGGAGUCUCUGGGCUACGUCAUGCUCUACUUCUGCCGUGGCUCCCUCCCAUGGCAAGGCCUGAAGGCUGCCACCAAGAAGCAGAAGUACGAUAGAAUCAUGGAGAAGAAGAUGACUACGCCAACCGAGGUCCUCUGCCGCGGCUUCCCCAACGAGUUCGCCAUCUACCUCAACUACACUCGCAGCCUGCGCUUCGACGACAAGCCAGACUACUCGUACCUCCGCAAGAUCUUCCGUGAUCUGUUCGUGCGUGAGGGCUUCCAGUACGACUACGUCUUCGACUGGACUGUCUACAAGUACCAAAAGAAUGCCCAGGCCAUCGCAGCUGCCCAGAACCCGACUGGUGCCGAGGACCCAGAGCAGGAGAAGGCUGGCCGCACUCGCAACACCGCACAGGCUACUGGCGGACAGACUGGCGUCAGCAAGGCGCGUGCUGGGAACGUGCAGUCGAGAGAGGGCACUAACAUGUGA